CAGGUCCAGAAUCCCAGCCCCUAACAAUUGUAAUAAAUUCUUAAGAUGUGUGAAAUUCCGGUGACAGAUUGUGAUAGUGUUAGUAAUAUUCUAAGAUGAUGUAAUUAGGUAACAUUCAAGUAGUAAUAUGAUAGAAAAAUAAAUAUGCUUGCUGGAGGGAACGGAACAGGAGGUAGAAAAGUUAAAGAGUUCAGAAUGCUCGUGCUCACUCUGUGGUCAGUGCUCGCGGCCGCGCUGUGCUCGCCACAGAAGCCUAACCUUGACGCCAUCUUGAAUCGACGCACCGAUGUCUACAUCGCAGGGUUCUUCCCGUUCGGCAAGGGAGUCGAGAACUCUAAUACUGUAGGUCGAGGUGUGAUGCCGAGCGUCAAGUUGGCCCUCGACCACGUAAACGAACACGACACCGUGCUCAGGAACUACCGCCUGCACAUGUGGUGGAACGACACUGAGUGCAACGCGGCGGUGGGAGUGAAGUCGUUCUUCGAUAUGAUGCACAGCGGGCCCCACAAGCUGAUGCUGUUCGGAGCAGCCUGCACCCACGUCACCGACCCCAUCGCCAAGGCUUCCAAGCAUUGGCAUCUCACCCAGCUCUCGUACGCGGACACGCACCCCAUGUUCACUAAGGAGGCGUUCCCCAACUUCUUCCGGAUCGUGCCCUCCGAGAAUGCGUUCAACAUCCCACGCAUCCGUCUGCUGGAGCACUUCAACUGGACCAGGGUCGGCACUCUCUAUCAGAACGAACCCAGAUAUGCCUUGGCUCACAAUCGUCUUCUAGCAGAUCUUGACAAUGGUAGUUUUGAGAUUGCGGAGACACAGAGUUUCGCCACGGAAGUGCGGACUGCCUUGAACAAACUCAAGGAGAAGGAUAUCAGGAUAAUUCUGGGAAAUUUUAACGAGACUUGGGCUACGAAGAUCUUUUGUGAAGCUUACAAGUUGGAAAUGUAUGGACGAGCAUACACCUGGCUGCUGCUGGGCACGUACAGCCACAAGUGGUGGCGCAGGGGAUCACCUUGCCCUCAAGCGGAGCUCAGCACAGCUCUCGACACGGCCAUACUAACUGAUCUGCUCCCACUGUCCACCACUGGAGAAAUGACUGUAUCCGGAAUUACUUCUAAGGAUUACCAAGUGGAGUACGAUAGAAGGAGAGGCAUGGAAUACUCUAGAUUCCAUGGAUACACUUAUGACGGUAUCUGGGCCAUGGCUCUAGCGAUUCAGAUUGUUGCACAUCGAGUGAAGAUCAAAUACAAAGAGAAAACAGUUCAGGACUUCCGCUACCGAGAUAAGGAAUGGGAGCAGCUAUUCCUGGAUGCUCUGAGUAACGUUACCUUCGAAGGAGUGACCGGACCAGUUCGUUUCUACGACAACGAGCGGAAGGCCUCCAUACUGCUGAAGCAGUUCCAGGGUGAUCUGGUCGGAGAGGUGAAGGUGGGGGAGUACUGCGCUGAACGCGACCAUCUGGAUCUAAGUAGCUGGGAACCAUUCAAGUGGAUCGGAAAGAACCCCCCCAAGGACCGCACGCUGCGUCUCAUCGAACAUACGCAGGUCAACAUCACCAUCUACAUCGUAUUGGUCUCUUGCGCCUGUAUCGGAAUCCUACUCGCUACCGGCUUCCUCGCCAUGAACAUCCACUACAGAAACCAGAGGUACAUAAAGAUGUCAUCACCGCACCUCAACAACCUGAUCAUCAUCGGUUGUAUGCUCACCUACCUCAGUGUCAUCUUUCUCGGACUGGACUCCAGUCUUAGCAGCAUUGCCGCCUUCCCAUACAUUUGCACGGCUCGGGCGUGGCUCCUGAUGGCUGGCUUCAGUCUUGCGUUCGGCGCCAUGUUCUCCAAGACCUGGCGAGUCCACUCCAUCUUCACUGAUGUCAAGUUGAACAAAAAAGUGAUAAAAGAUUACCAGCUGUUUAUGGUGGUUGGAGUGCUGUUGUGUAUAGACCUGGCCAUUAUGACCACGUGGCAGGUUUCGGACCCCUUCUACCGAGCCACAAAGCAGAUGGAGGCUUACCCGCACCCGACGAGCGAAGACAUCGUGAUAGUGCAAGAGAACGAGUACUGCCAGUCGGAGAGGAUGUCGAUAUUCAUCGGUGUCAUUUAUAUCUAUAAAGGACUUCUCUUGGUGUUUGGCGCUUUCCUAGCGUGGGAGACCAGAUCCGUAUCAAUCCCAGCGCUGAACGAUUCCAAGCAUAUCGGUCUGUCUGUGUACAACGUGCUCAUCAUGUGCAUCAUGGGAGCUCCCAUAGCUUUGGUUCUGGCUGACCACAAGGACGCGCUGUUCGUGCUGAUAGCAAUCUUCAUCAUUUUCUGCACUACCGCCACACUCUGCCUCGUCUUCGUGCCUAAAUUACUAGAACUUCGUCGCAACGGCCAACCCGGAGCUGCCGGCACCAGGAUCCGGGCGACUCUGCGACCAGCCUCCACCACUGAGAUGAAGUCACCAGGGCCCGACCUGGAGCGACGCCUCAAGGAACUCCGCCAGUACAACAACCGAUACAGGAGGACUCUUCAGGCCAAAGAGAACGAGUUACAGAUGCUUCUGAGUAAACUCGGUGACGAUGCUGAUCAGGUGAUUCGAGACUCGAAGUCACCGGCAACACAACGUACAAAACUGCACCUCCCCAAGGAAAAUAUAAGCCAUCCAGUCAUUUCAGAAACGAGUGACAUAACGUCGACAUGCAGCUUGAGCGCGUCAGCCGGCGCAGACACCGAGUACAUCAGCAUGCAGACACAACUACCCACAGAAAAACCUAAGCCAUCCGCACCGCCUGAAGUCGUGAAAGAAGUAAAGGAACUGAAGAAGGAACAGACCAAGAACGUCUCCUUCAAGAACCAUUUGGACUUCACCAGUCCACUUCCAUCUUCGAAAGCUGUGCCGGAGAAAGAUCAACUCGCAAAAUUGCCGUAUGGAUGGAAGGCCCCAGAGGAGCUGUCAGAACCUGUGAAGCCAGUGAAAAUCCAGGAAGCAGCCAAAGCUGAAGCCAAGACGAUAUCGGUCUUGAAGUCCAGCGACACUCUCACCGCCAAGUCAAUGCCGGCAAAAAUACAAGAACCAAUGUACACUAAAGCCGCACCGCCCAAAGUCAACAAGACUCCGGAACUACAGAAGAAGACGCGGAUCCCUGAUGGCACGAAGACUCCACCUCGCGAGUACAAGACCCGUGGGCACCGGCGGAUGUCCAGCUCGGGCCACGUGCUCUCCGAUAUCAUGAGGGUGGCCCAAGAAGACCUGGAGCCACCUCCGGGGUUGGAGAGAAAAGUAAUAGGUCAAGAAAGGGAUCCACCGGUCCCAGUCGUUCCAAAACCCAAGCAAGAGGUGGAAGACAUCUUAGACGUAGACGACUAUUCGUCUAUGGAGAGGAGGAAAUCAUGCCAGAGGAAAGAUUCCGAAAGGAGAAAGAAAGAGAACUACAUUGUGGUGCAGAGUGACCUGUGGGACACCAACACCUUCCAGUACACAUGCCAGAAGACUCCACCCUCCCACUCACCCAUACAAAGAAGUGUGUCGGAGAAGAGUCGACAACAAUCGCCGCAUCAUCACAGAGAAGCUGAAACUAAAACCGAAAGACGUGCUUCAAACUCUUCGAUUAAUCACACGGGGAGUACCAGAGGCGGCACUCCGGAGGGAUAUCGGGACUCGGACACUCUGCGGAUGUCUGACCGACUCUCUAAGCGUCGGGGAUCCGAGUUCCCGCAGCCCGUGAGCACCCCGCCCCACCAGGGCUCCACCAAGAGGAGGCAGUCCACGGCUCAGAUAAGGUAUCAGGAAGAUAAACCAGAGAGGAUAGAGAGUGUCCCCAAAAUAGAAGAAUUAUCAACAGUUAAGAAGGCCAGUGAGAAGAUACCAGAGAAGAUGGUUCGAGAUGUCCAGGAGACGGAGUGUUGGAAACCAGAUCCUGACACCAUUAGAGUUGCUAAAGGUCAGGAGUCUCCUGUGAAGCGUCUCCGCCAGGAAGGUGAGCCCCUGAAGCGAGCGCGAGGGACAGGUGACUCCCCGCGCCUCUCGCAGCCGCAGACCCGACCCGACCACCACAAAAGCAGCCCGAACGUCGCGUCGAGACACAAGUGUGACACCAGCAGACCAGAGCAACGCAAGUCGUACACCCGCGGCGAGAGCAAGCGGCAGGAGUCGGCCGAGCGCAAGAUCUUCACGGCCAGCUCGGAGUCGGAGUUAUUCGAGUACGCCAUCCUGCCCAUCUUCCAGAAGCUGCUCACGGAGCGGCACAAGAGUCAACCCCAGGGCCUCAACCUGACCUACGGCAUGAGCUGCCCGAACAUCUCCAUCAAGUGUGACAUCGUGGAGUACUUGUAGGCUCUGCCAGUCGCCUCCUCCGAUCACCAGAUGGCAUGGAGCGUCUACAUACAAUAUGUUACUUCACUUUUGGUGACUCCCUUAAGCCUACAAUUCAGUAUUUCAUAUUUCUGGGUACCAGCUAAACUCCCAACUAAUUCACCGGGAUCAAAGUGCAUAAUGCUAUUAUUAUUACUUUGGCCAUUAUUUCUGUAUGUAUAAAAAUGUUUAACCUUGUGAAUACGCAUGUACAUAUUAGGUACACCUAAAUUAUUAUGAAACCUUUUACAUAAAACUUGUAUUUUUUUUCAUGACAUACGUGUAGGAGUGUUAGGUUGGACAACUUUUUCUAGAAGAUGUAAAGGAUAUCCGAUUUAAGAGUGGGAAGUAAAAGAGUAUCAACAGGCUAUUAAUUUAUUUUUAAAUGGUUUUUUUAUACAACAAAUCGUAACAUAUUAUAUGUAUACACAUAGUUGUAUUAAAAUAUUUUCACGUGACUGUAAAUGCAUUCAGAAAUGCCUGAGUUUUAUGGUUUUGGGUACCCAGUAUAUUUAGUUUAGUAAAUUGACUUUUCUUGUGUUUUGUAAUGUGUAUUCGCCGAAAAUCUGUUAAUGCAUAAAAAUAUUUUUGCGUAGUCUUUUAGUGUGAUAUAUUAUAAAGGCUACCUAACUACGUAACAACGAGUAUAAUACACGUUGUUAGAGCACGGCUGGCAAACCUAAGGGGUACCUAAGAUUAAGAAGAAUUGAGUGCCAUACCAUGUCAUAUCUAAUGUCUGCGUCACGUUAGCAGCUAGUAGUCAGUUCACCAAAUAUACUUGUGUUUUUAAGUGAUUUUUAAGUUUAUGAAUGGACCUAACAUAACUCAGAUGAUAGGCAGUCACUAUGUAAUACAUUGGGAUUAUAUCUAUCACUAUUUACUACCCUACAGCUUAAUAUAUUUGAACCCUACUUACAUACAAUUGAAUUAAAUUGAAUCGUUUCAAAUAUAUAUGUGUAAAUAUUUAGUAGUAACUAAAAGUUGAAAAAGUAACUAAAAGUUGCAUCACUAUGCACAGUGAAAUAUGCACAAAAACUUUUAAAUUUAGCAUACUAAUGUAAAUAUCUAUAAUAUUAUGUAAUUGGUGAACUAAUAAGAAGUUAUUUGUUGAAAAACAAGUUGAUAACGAGUUGUUGUUUAGUAGUACAAAAACCCUGAGUUACUGUUAUUGACUGUCAGAAUUGAUUUACGUAACCGUAAUGUCAGUUCGAAAUGCCUCUACCCAACCGUAAUGAGGGUUCGAAAUGCCUCUACGCAAUUCGUAAUGACAAUUCUAAAUGCCACAACCCAACCAUAGUGACAGUGGAAAGUGAGAGCUUAAUCAAAUUUUAACCGUUUCAUAGUCUAAUAUUAUCUAUUACUUGUGUAGCGUGCCAUUAAUGACUGCAGUUGGAAAUUGUUGUUUCCCAUUUUAUUUCCUUACUUGGCGAAGCGUUUAUAUUAAAUAGUAAACUUUGCCCUUGACUUAGCAUUACCUAUCGCCGGCACAAGAGAACACUGUGGCUUUCAGUAUGUUAUUAUAAAGCACUCUGUGACUGUGGCUUCUUUUGCUCAAAUUCUUGUAUAUGCAGUAGCAAUGUUUCGUAAAAAGUGGGAACGUUACAAAGAACUUAGAAUCUAUAACGUUUUAAGCUUGGUCUUUCAAUGUAAGGAUCUUUCCUUAAUUGGAUUUAAAAAAAUAUUUAUCAUAAUUAUUAGAUAUAUAUAUUAGUAUAUUAAGUAGAUAUUAACUUUAACAGA